AUGGCUGCCAAGAGUUCGCUAGCGAGCCACACUCUGCUUUCCUCGCUCGCGACUCCCUGCGGUCAGCAGCCCAAGUCACGAACUGUACGACAGUCGACGCCCACUGCGCCAGCACCGUCAGAGACCCGAUGUAGUCCGAAAUUAACGACGCCGUUUCUUCCCGCGAAGCCCUCUCUUCUUCGCCAGUCGCACGUGCGACAUUCCACCGCAGUCCACGCCUGUCGACCGCUGCUCGUGCCGCCAUCGUGCAGUGGACAGGCCUUCCAUACUUCCACUGCGUCAUCUAGACCGUCCGUCCCUAGCCACGCCUCGAGCCAGCCGGUCAGCGACUCUUUAGAUAUCGACGAUGCUCCGCGCGAGGAGUCGCAGCAGGGCGCAGCUCAUCCCGGCAGGGAAUUGUUGCUCGGGAAGCGGUCGCGCUCUCGGUCGCACGUGGCGAGAGCUCUGCCGAUCUCGAUACACGACGUGGAAGGGCCGCUCCGCGACAUGCUGUUCGCGACGAUCGGCGCCGCGACGGCUCUCAUGGCGUCGGGGUGCAUCGCGUUGCUGUCGAAGCGAAAAGAGUCCAAGGUGCUCGCAGAAGCCAAGGAGCGGGGCCCCGCCGCCUUACCCGAGGUCCCCCCGGCGGCGGAUCCCAACAGCGCAAUGGGCGGCGCGAUGGGCGGCGCGGAGGUGGGCGUGGGCGGGGGCAAGGAGUCAGUGGAGUGGGUAAACAUGGUGCUGCAUAAGAUGUGGAAGGUUUAUCGCCGUUCCAUCGAGGCAUGGCUCGUUGGGCUGCUACAGCCGGCAAUUGAUACGCUCCCGCUGCCCGCCGUCGUCACGCGCGUCGAGAUCGCCGAGUUCAGUUUGGAUUACGAGCCGCUCGCCGUCCGCAACGUGCAGCGCCGCGCCAGCCGACGCGCCAACGACCUUCAGUACCACGUGGCGCUGCGCUACACGGGCGACGCGCGCUGCCUGCUGCUGCUGCACCUGCGCGUGGCGGGGGUGGACUUCGCGGUGCCGGUGGGCGUGCACGACCUGGACGUGGACGCGGAGCUCUGGGUGAAGCUGCGCCUCACGCCGCGCAAGCCGUACGUCGGCACGCUCUCCAUCGCCUUCGUGCGCCUGCCCACCAUCAAGCUCGUCCUCGCGCCCUUCCGCAUCGUCAAUCUCUUCGAGCUGCUUCCUCAACUCACCUACGUUUUCUUCCCGUCUCCUCUCCUUUCUCCCUUUCCUUGCUUCCUCUCCAAGCUACUCACAGUCGACCUGCCACGUCUGCUCGUGCUGCCACGUCAUAUCACCUUCGACUUCCUCCCGGCCGGAGAAGACCCCCAGCAGCACAUGGCGGCAGCAGCGUCCGCGAUGGUACUGGAUCUGCUUAAAUCGGAGACGUUCACGGGGCUGGCGGGGCAGCGGCCGUCGUCAGCGGCGUCAGGGCUCGUCCCCACGCGCAUGGAGCCCAGCGACUCGUUCGUGGGGGAGCUUUCUGUCACCCUCUGCGAAGCGCGCAAUUUGCCAUCUUACGGCUUAUCAGUGUGGAGCAAUCCGUACUGUCGGUUGAUGGUGGGCGAUGUGAUGGUGGAGAGCAAGCGCAACAGCGAGACGUCUCACCCGUCGGGGGCGAGGGACCCGGUGUGGAAUCAGGACUUCCACUUCUGGGUGGAGGACCCCGUGGGGCAGAAGCUCACCGUCAUGCUAAGGGACUCCAUGGCGCUCAACCGCAACAUUGGCUUCGUUGAGGUGCCCAUCUGGCAAUUGCAGGACUGUGUACCGCUCUCCAUGUGGUUACCACUGUUACAAGACGGCCCCUUCGGCGUCAAACCAGCAGCUCAGGGCGAGAUCCGCAUUCUCCUCACCUACAAGUCAUAUGUGGACCGGGACGAAUCCUCCACGUUUAGUAACACUGGUGGUAACGCGGUAACAACCGCCAUUCCGGCGCCCACCGCCCCUAUCGCUUACAUUAAAGUGUUUGGAGAGAGUGACUCGGACAGUGAUAAGGGGACGGCAGCGGAGGGAGGGGCGGAGGGGGAGGUGGAUGAGGAGGCAAUGCGGGCACUGCAGCAGGAGCGAGAGCAGAAGGGACUGGAUAAGAUGGUGGAGGAAAGUAUCACUGAGGUGGUGGCGAGUAAUGAGGCGGAAGUCAGGGCAGAGGAGGGGGGCGAGGGGAGCAGUGCAGGGAGCGGUGAGGGGAAAGUGGAGGAGAGGAAACCAUCGCUGGUUAGUGUGGCAGGAGUGGUGGGGUCAGGGGCGGUGGCAGCUGUGGGUGGGGUGCUGAACGGUGCAAAGGGGUUGGCGGUUGGCGCGGCAGGGGCAGUGGGAGGAGCAGUAGGGGCAGCAGGAGGGGCCGUGGCUGGAGCAGCAGGGUGGAUGUUUGAGAGUGUGAGGGGAGUGCUAAGGAACAGGACUAGUGAUGAGGUUUAUGCUGAUCGGGCAGGAGAGGAGGAGGAAGGGAAGAAUGCUGUUCAUGACAUGUCUGCAGCUGCUAGGGACGGAACAGGCUCGGAUGUCGAAUCUCAGAUUCGCAUCCGAGCCUUCCCUGUGAGUGACUGGUCGCCGCCAAAGCAGCAGGGCAAGGCUGAGCAACGCGCGACAUACGAGGUGGGUGAGUGGGAUGAGGUUCGGCAGGAGCAGAGCGAGGCUCGGUUGACGGAGUGGGAUAUAGAGAACACAGCAGAGCGGCUGUGGCGGCUGGAGGAGAGGCGGAGGAGGAGGGAGCUGAGAGCACAGCGGGCAAACACUGAUGCUGAUGGUGCUGAGACGGGUGGGAAGGUCAACGGCAAGCCGAAUGGGAGGGUGGUGAACGGCGAGGCAGCAGAGGGAGCGGAGGAGAGGGGCAGGUCUGAUGCGUUCGGGUCAAUGAACGGCGCCAUUAGCGAAUUCUUUGACUCCAUGAACCGCCAAUGA